CUACUGCUCGUUCUUCAACACUCGGUUCUUCACCCGCCCUCUCUUCCUCGUUCCUCUUUCCUUCUCCCCUUCGGAUUCACCCGUUUCUCUGCAAAUUCUGAUUCAAUUUCUACCAGGAAUUAGCUUCUUCAUCUUUGCUCAUCGGGAAAUUUCAAUGGCAGACAGUAUUCCGUCGCCUAAACCGGUCCAACCGAACCCUAUGGACCCUUCCCCACCGCCGCCGCAGCAACAACCGCAGGUCCAACCUUCAACCGCUGCUAUUCCGCAGAAUUCAUCUAAUUCAACAAAUUCGUCUGCAAAUCCUCCCAUUCCUGCGGCUUCUGCGCUUGCUCAGUCGCCCUCGAUUGACCAGUUACAUCCACUAUCGCAAAUUUCUUCUCCCCCUCUUUCGCAUAUCUCUCAAAAUCCGCAAAAUCAACAGCAGCAGCAACAGCUAAGCCCUGCGGUUGGGUUGGAGUACCAACAGAAGCCUCUACAGCUGCAGCAGCAGCAACAGCAGCAACAGCAGCAACAGCAACUGCAACAACAUUCGCAGCAAAUGGUGCAACAGCCUCAGAAUGCGAAUGCGAUGACAAAUUUCCAAAUACAGCAGGCUUUACAACGGUCCCCUUCAAUGUCCAGGUUGAACCAGCAGCAGCAGCAGCAGCAGCAGCAGUUUGGGAUGAUGAGACAACAAUCGGGGCUUUAUAGUCCAAUGAGUUUUGGUGGGUCUUCUACAAACCAGCAACAGCAGCUACAACAGCCUAACCAACAACACCAAAUGGGAACCGGGAAUCUGUCGCGGUCUGCAUUAAUGGGUCAGGGUAACCAUUUGCCCAUGUUGUCUGGGGCGACUGCUGCUGCUCAGUAUAACUUGCAGUCACAACUACUGGCUUCGUCGAAGCAAAAAGCUGGGUUAGUCCAGGGUGCACAAUUUCAGUCGAGUAACUCUCAUGGGCAACCUUUGCAAGGAAUGCAAACAAUGGGGAUGAUGGGAUCAAUGAAUUUGAGCUCACAACUAAGAGCUAAUGGCCUUGCGUCAUAUGCCCAACAGAGAAUAAACCAAGGUCAAAUAAGGCAGCAAUUGUCCCAACAAAGUUCACUUACCUCUCCACAGGUUCAGAACUUACCGAGAAUGUCAAAUCUUGGAUUCAUGAAUCAACAAUUGAGUAAUUUGGCUCAGAAUGGGCAGCCAACCAUGAUGCAGAACUCUUUGCAACAGCAACAGUGGCUGAAGCAAAUGCCAUCGAUGUCUAGCCCUGGCUCACCAUCAUAUCGUCUUCAACAGAGGCAUCAACAGGUCCUGUUGCAGCAGCAACUGGCUUCAUCUAGUCAAUUGCAUCAAAACUCCAUGUCCUUGAACCCUCAACAAUUUCCUCAGCUUGUACAGCAACAGCCGUCCAUGGGACAUCAACAGCUUCAUCAACAACAACAGCAACAGCAACAGCCACAGCAGCUGCAACAACAACAACAGCAACUGCAACAGCUACAACAGCUACAACAACAGCCACUUCAUCAACAACAACAACAACAACUACUUCAACAACCAUCACAACUCCAAUCUCUGCAACCAGCAUUGCAUCAGCAGCAGCAUUCUCCUAGGAUAGCUGGACUUGCGGCUCAGAAAUCUCUCAGUUUGACUGGGUCACAUCCAGAUGCCACAGUAUCUGGCACUAGUACACCUGGGGGAAGUUCAAGCCAAGGGACAGAAGCUGCCACUCAAGUCCUCGGAAAGAGAAAGAUACAAGAUCUGGUUUCACAGGUAGAUCCAUUUGGAAAGCUGGAACCUGAAGUCGAAGAUCUUCUCUUGGAGAUUGCUGAUGAUUUUAUUGAUUCGGUGACCACAUUUUCAUGCAAUCUGGCAAAACACAGAAAAUCUUCAACUUUAGAAUCCAAAGAUUUAUUGCUACACUUAGAGAAGAAUUGGCAGUUAAACGUUCCUGGAUAUUCGAGUGACGAGUGGAAGAAUCGCAACAAAAAUUUAUCAUCAAGUGAUACUCACAAGAAACGUCUGGACAUGAUACGCAUACUGAAGGAAGCAUCCCGUGUCGAAACAAACGUAAAUAGCCCUAAAGAGAUGGUCCGACAAGGGGUUGGAAUGCCCAUUGGUACCAACAACCUAAUGAGACCUUCAUCAAGCUCAGAACAACUAUUGUCACAGACAACUGGUUCGCAGUUACUGCAGCAAAUGACGAGGUUCUGAUGUAUUAACUACGUUUGAAACUUAUGCUGGUAGAAUGCUGGUAGAUCUCGACUAUUCGGUGAAAUUACCCCGGUGUCGGUUCAGGGAUACAACAAUAAUAUGAGAUUUAGAGGAGGGAUGCCAUUUCAGAGGGGACCUGAACUUUGUGUGGAGUGUGAUGGUUCUUAGAGAUACGACUUUUCGAAAGCAUUUUUUUAGGCUGUAUAAUAUCAAGAUGCAUUAUCUGGAAACAUGGCCAUAAGAUUAACUGUACAAAAUAUUUGGCAGUCAUAUUAGUAUAGGCCUCGAGUUUAUUGUCGUUACCAUGGAUGACAUUUAAUUUAUGAUUGAUAGUCUUUAUUUACAA